AUGCCCGAAAUCAUCGACGACAAAUCCAAACACUGUAUUCCUUUCCUUCUCGACCGAUUGAAAGCCCAUCAGGUCCGACAUGGGAGUGACCCCGCCAAUGCCCCUCCCUUCUUCCUGGGCUUAAACGGAGUCCAAGGAGCAGGAAAGACCGUCCUAGUUUCCACACUGCAAUCUACCCUCCGCUCCCCUCCAUACUCUCUCCCUGUCGUGACGCUCUCCCUCGAUGAUCUGUAUCUCACGCAUGACCAGCAGCGCAGUCUCGCCCAAUCUUUCCCUUCUAAUCCUCUUUUACAGCAUCGUGGCCAACCAGCUACCCAUGACCUCUCCCUAGGACAGGAGGUAUUCGAAUCUCUCCGCGCCGGUCGUCCCACCGCAAUACCUCGGUACGAUAAAUCCGCUUUCGCAGGCCAAGGCGAUCGGGUUAGACAGUCACAGUGGGAGGUAGUAAAUUCCCCAGGCCAGAAUAAAGUCAAAGUGGUGAUCUUCGAAGGCUGGUGUGUUGGGUUCCGCGCAUGGGACGAUGUGACCCUCCAGGAAAAGUGGAAGGAGGCUGUCCGUCAAAAAGAGCGGGGGAGUUACGAUGGAAGACUGGGCCAUGUGGCAUUCGAGGACGCUAAAGUCGUCAAUGAUGCGUUACGCGCAUAUGAUCUACUCACCAAUCAGCUGGACGCUUUAAUACACAUUGAUGCCCAAGAUCUUCAUUUCGUAUACGACUGGAGGCAAGAACAAGAACGGACCCUCCUCUCUGCUAAGGGUACCGGGAUGACGCCGGAACAAGUCACCCAUUUCGUUGAUGGCUAUUACCCCUCUUACGAACUCUACACUGAAACCCUCCGUGAAGGCGUCUUUAAACCGACUCCUCACACAGCCACCGCAACCGCCUCAUCUUCUAGCUGGCAGGGAAGACAACUUCGCUUGAUUGUCGAUAGAAAUAGGCGAGUUCAGAAAGUUUUGGAAAUCUAA